AUGAAACUAACCUACAUACCUCCACAAGUGGUAAAUGGUGAAAUUAGAGUACAAUAUAAGGAAGAAGUUGAUAGAAAAACAGAGAAAUGGAAAGGGGCUUUAAUUGCGUAUGUUCUGGGUGAUUUGCCAGGAUAUAACGUAAUGAAGAGGUAUAUAGAAAACACAUGGAAUUCGAUUCCAGAUCCAGAGUUAUAUAUGCAUGAGGAUGGUUAUUACAUAAUCAAAUUUAAAUCGAUGGAAGAUAUGCGGGAAAUUUUGUUAGCUGGUCCAUAUACUAUCAAUAAUAGGCAAAUUAUACUUAAACAAUGGAUAGCUGACUUUGAUUUUGAGAAGGAAUUUCCCACUGAGAUUCCAUUAUGGAUUAGAUUUCCAAAACUUCCAUUGAACUGCUGGGGUGUGAACUCACUAAGUAGGAUUGCAAGUUCUAUUGGUACACCUAUGUACGCUGAUGAAUGCACUGCUAAACAAUUAAGAGUAUCAUAUGCUAGAAUGCUAAUAGAGGUAGAUAUGACAAAGCCUCUAAAGGAUGAAAUAAUAGUGGAAGAUUCAAACGGGAAAACAUUUUUGCAAUCAGUUAUCUAUGACUGGAAACCAAAGUUCUGUGAAAAAUGUCAAAUCAUUGGGCAUGAUUGCAAGCAGGAAAGGGGAAGGCAGAUUCAAAUGAAUACCAAGAAUGAACAGAGAAAGCCAAAGAAAGUAGUGCAACAUUGGGUUAAAAGGAGAAAGGGAAGAUAA